AGUAAUUUCGUUUGCUGAACAGUGAAGAAAUUGAGCUCUGUUCUUUAAAAACAUUCAAAAGGACAGUUUUUUAAGCUCUUCAGUAGUUACCCAUGGCAAAUAUGUAUGCAUUGGCUUUGAAGAUCUGGUUAGUUGGAGUUUGUAUAACUUGGUGCGGUUUGAGGGAGUGUGAAGCGAGUUCAGUACCAGCGGUUCUGUUUUUCGGAGACUCGUAUGGAGAUCCCGGCAAUAAUGACUUCAUCUCCACUAUGAUUAGAAGCAAUUUUCCGCCAUAUGGGAAAAACUUUCCUGGGCAGAAGCCCACAGGCCGUUUUUCUGAUGGGAAGAUCAUGCCUGACUAUAUUGUUGUGGGGUUAGGAAUUAAGGAAUUGCUACCAGCCUACCUGGAUCCUAACAUUACACACCAAGAUUUACUUACGGGUGUUAGCUUUUCCUCCUCUGGUUCUGGACUGGACAAUCUCACGGCAAUCACACUGGCUGUGAUUCCCGUUUGGCAACAAAUCAAAUACUUGGAGGACUAUCGCACAAGGAUAAGUGCUUUGAUUGGCCAAGAAAACGCUACCAUCCUUUUGAACAGAGCCCUCUCCUUUAUCAGCAUUGGGACGAAUGAUUUCAUUGCAAAUUACUUUCUACAAAUAAAUCGCCGAUUAGAGUAUAACGUAGCCCAAUUUCAAGAUUUCCUUGUCAAAAUCUACUCUAACUACAUAGAGGAUCUCUACAAGAUAGAUUUGCGCAAGAUCGCCAUAAUUAACGUGCCUCCAUUGGGCAGUCUACCAUUGGAGAGAACGAUUUCAUCUGUCACAAAUGGUGAUUCCGUAAAAGAUAUGAACGAUGCUGCAAUGGGAUUCAAUUCAAAACUAGAAUCCAUGAUAAGUGGAUUGAAGACCAAGCUUCCUGGACUUCAAAUUGUUUAUCUGGAUUACUACGCUCUCGUUAAGGAUUUCAUAACAUCGCCCAAACAAUACGGUUUCACAGUGGCCACAAAGUCGUGUUGUGGUACGGGAACAUAUGAGUUUGGGAUCGCCUGCAACUAUCUCACGGCUGCAUGCACCAAUGAUUCAGAUUAUGUCUUCUUUGAUUCCAUCCAUCUUACCCAGAAAGCUUAUUCAAUCAUUUCUCAACAUUUUUUGAGACACGGGAUUAAAGAUUUGCUUUAAAUGUCCAUGUUUCAAUACCUUCAAUUUUGUUUGUAGAAGAAAUAGAGUAGGUAUAUGCAAGAUCUAUUUUAAUGUUUAUCAUGAAGAGAACCUUUAUAUGUGAUUUUCAUUAUUCUAGGAAGAUUCUUCAAUAAAUCCACACAAUUGUCACAUUGUUACAUUGGAA